GGUCUGGGUUUCAACAACCUCCAUGGCGGUGAUAAUAACAAUGACCUGACCGAGGAGGUUAAAAACGACAUCCAUACCACCUGCACCAAGGCUGCCGGCAAGACCAUCAAACCUUCUGAGCCUUUCUGGCUUUGUACCAACUGGGAGAGGAACCAGUCGCCCAACCCGGACUGUUUCUCUAACUGUAUCGACGGAUGCAAUGCACUUGAUGAGAACGUUCGGUGGGGUUGUCUCCUU